AUGCCUUGCCGCCUAGCCAUAUCAUCCAUGUCCCUAGGCCGCUCCUCAGCAGGUCACUCGCUCGAGCACAAACUCGACAUGGCCGCCUUGUACGGUUACCGCGGCAUCGAGCUCUUCCAUGAGGACCUGGCCUCCCUUGCCUUCCAAUUCCUGCCUCCAGGCACCACCGCGACGACCGAAGAGUCCGAACUCCAAGCCGCCUCCCUCAUCCGCCAAAUGUGCCACCACCGCCACCUCGCCAUUCUCUGUCUCCAACCAUUUGCACAUUAUGAAGGGCUGCUCGACCGGGAUGCCCAUUCCCAACGCCUGAAGCAGCUCCGAUUCUGGUUCCGGCUUGCCCGGGCGCUGGGGACCGACAUGGUCCAGAUCCCGUCCUCCUUUCUGCCCGCGGACCAAGUGUCAGCGGACCGAUCACUGGCUGUGGCGGAUUUGCAGGAGGCGGCCGACAUGGGCUCGGCUCAGAACCCGCCGAUCCGCUUCGUCUAUGAAGCGCUGUGCUGGGGCACGCGGUGCGAUACGUGGGAGGGCAGCUGGGAGGUGGUGAAAGCGGUUGAUCGAGAUAAUUUUGGCUUGUGUCUAGAUACGUUCAAUAUUGCGGGACGAAUCUACGCCGAUCCUGCUUCGGCAACUGGCAAAACGGUGGAUUGCGAACAAGCUGUAAGGGAGUCGAUGGAUAGGCUGGUGAGCGAGGUGGAUCUUAGCAAGGUGUUCUAUGUGCAGGUCGUCGACGCAGAGCGGCUUUCCACUCCGUUGAUGAAGGGGCACGCCUUUUAUAAUGAGGAACAGCCGGCAAGGAUGAGUUGGAGUCGGAACUGUAGGUUGUUCUACGGGGAGCAUGAGAGAGGGGCUUACUUGCCCGUAACGCAGAUUGCCGGGGCCAUCUUUGACGGGUUGGGGUUCGAGGGAUGGGUAAGCCUAGAGUUGUUUAACCGGCGGAUGGGCGAUGAGGAUUACGAUGUGCCGAGAGAGUUGGCGGCAAGGGGGGGGAGGUCUUGGGAGAAAUUGGUGAGGGACUUGGGUUUGAGGGUUGAGGACGAGGAGCCUGCGAUGCAGCAGCAGUUAAGGAGGCUGCCGCUUGAGGGCAGAGUGAGUGCUUCGCUAUGA